AUGGCCUUUCUCCUGGGGGCUGUAACUGCCUCAUUGUUCAUUCGUUCGGCCUAUACAGCGACCCUGGCUGAUGUCUGUACUUCCUCAUAUGUUACCGCAUCUCUUCCCGAGGACCAAUGGUCAAUUGGCGACGUCGACAAUAAUAUCAUCUUCGACAGGACUUCGAUCACCGCGAAUCCUGUAUACAACGCAUCUUCGGGCAGCUCAGACUUCUAUCCGGAAGGCGUCUUCGAUUAUUGCAAUGUUACGUUGGCAUAUUCACACGCUGGAAGAAACGAUCGAGUCAAUCUGGUCUACUGGCUACCUGCACCUGAUAGCUUUCAAAACCGCUAUCUCUCCACUGGCGGAGGUGGAUUUGCCAUAAACUCUGGGACGAACUCCUUGCCUGGUGGUCUUUUGUACGGUGCUGCUUCCGGAGCAACUGACGGUGGUUUCGGGAGCUUCGACACGCAGUUCGAUGCUACGUUCCCUAUCGAGAAUGGAACUGCCAAUUACGAGACACUGUACAUGUUUGGCUACCAAGCCAUACACGAGUUGGGUCUGGUCGGAAAACAGCUCACACGUAAUUUCUUCCAAAUGGCCAAUGGCACCAAAUUGUACUCCUACUACCAAGGCUGUUCAGAGGGAGGCCGAGACGGUUGGUCUCAAGUUCAACGAUUUGGGGACUCCUUUGACGGCGCGAUUACCGGUGCACCAGCAUUCAGAUUCUCCUUUCAGCAAACACAACACUUGUAUUCAAAUGUAGUGGAGCAAACAGUUGGCUACUAUCCUCCACCCUGCGAACUUGAGAAGAUCUUGAAUGAAACAAUAGCAUUCUGCGACCCUCUGGAUGGAAAAACUGAUGGUGUAGUGUCUCGUACGGACCUCUGCAAGCUUCAUUUUAACGCAAGCAGCGUCAUUGGCCAGCCGUAUUCAUGUGCCGCUACAAGUGGAGCCUCAGGUGGAGGUCCUCCAGCAAAGAAGAAGCGACAGUUGGGAGGAGCUGGCGGAUCAUCGUCAUCAACGCCUGCACAAAAUGGAACAGUCACAGCCCAAGGAGCCCAGGUUGCACAGCUAAUCAUAGACGGCCUAAAAGACUCCACGGGUCGUCAAGUUUACUUUUCGUACCAGCCCUCAGCCUCCUUUGAUGACGCCGCAACUCAAUACAACAACGAAAGCGGACAGUGGGAAUUGAGCAUCAACACGAUGGGCUCUGAAUGGAUCACACGUUUUCUCUGGCUGCAAAACACGUCCGAUUUCGAAAGCCUAGAUGGUGUGACAUAUGACACGCUCAAGAACUGGAUGAUUCAAGGAUGGCAUAUGUACCAAGACAGCCUCGAGACUACAUGGCCGGAUUUGACUCCAUACCGAGAGGCCGGCGGCAAGAUCUUACACUUCCAUGGCGAAAGCGACCCCUCUAUACCGGCGGCAUCCUCAGUGCGUUUCCACGAAUCGGUUCGGAGUGUCAUGUACCCCGGACUCUCUUUCAACGAAUCUACGGCCGAGCUUAGCAAGUGGUACAAGCUGUUUUUGGUUCCUGGAGCUGCACAUUGCGCCCCAAGCAGCACUCAGCCGAAUGGGCCGUUUCCAAACACAAAUAUGGCAGUGAUGAUCGACUGGGUCGAGAAAGGCAUUGAGCCACAAACCUUGAAUGCUACCGUGUUGCAAGGAGAUUAUGCAGGUGAGAAGCAGAGUCUGUGUGCAUGGCCACUCCGGCCGCAGUGGACAGACGACAUGCUAGAGUGCGUGUACGACCAAAGCAGUAUUGACACAUGGAAUUACGACUUAUCAGCCGUACCUCUACCUGUCUAUUAGUCUAAUAUCUAUUACAGGUUGAAGCAGCAGUCAAGAUAAAACAAUGCCUCUACGGAAUUGUUCUUCUCUUUUCUAUUCUCUUCUUUUAGGGUGAGUGGAAGAGGGCUAGCAAGCUGCUCGGUGCACCCAUACCAAAUGUUAUUGAACUUGCUCUUCCGAAAUGCUAAAAAUUGAUUCAUAUCAACCGCGUAAUAUUGCAAGCUUUUUCAAUUGCAAAGAUUCAAAUCAAGCCACAACGUAACAUAGCAAGGGGUCGACGAAAUGAUUCGUCAACAACUUGUAAACCGGC